AUGGGCGUCUAUACCAAAUUGGCCGAUGAUGUUCAGGAGGUGGAUGUGAUCAUUGCCGGCGGUAAGUCUCAUCGCCUUCUAUUGGCCGAUCCCAAGCUGUCGAUCUUGCUCAUCGAGGGCGGCCCGAACAACUACAACAUGCCAAACAUUGUCCACCCGGUGUUCUUCCUCGACCACCUUCAUCCCACUAGCCAGACAACCAUCUUCUACAAGACCAAACAGCACGCGGACCGGGAGGUCAUCGUGCCUUCCGGCGGAACCAUAGGCGGCGGGUCAUCCAUCAACUUCAUGAUGUAUACGCGAGCCCAAAGAUCGGACUUUGAUUCAUGGAAGUCCCGUGGCUGGUCUGCGGAUGAGCUUUGGCCGUACCUCAAGCUGGAGAAUUACCAUGGUCAGGGCGAGAAAGAUCAUCACGGCUCUGACGGCCCCGUCCAUGUUCCCGACAGCACAUUCCGCGCUCGGGGUUCUCAGGACGAUUUCAUCGGCGCCGCGGCCCAGGUCGGCUGGCCAGAAAUCAAGGACCUUCAGACUCUUGACGCAAACAACGGCAUCGAACGCUGGCAACGUUAUAUCUCAAAGGACGUCAAGCGACAAGACACUGCGCAUAAAUACCUACAUGAGAAGCUCCGCUCUAGAGACUCCCCGAACUUACAUGCGCUGGUGGAGUCAAAGGUCGUGCGUGUGCUAUUCGACGACGACAAGCGGGCUAUCGGCGUGGAAUACACACCUAAUCCGGACUUGCAACCCACUCUGGCAACACCGCAACAACCCAAGCUCACAGUAAGAGCAAGAAAUCAGGUUAUUGUGUCCUGUGGCGCGUGUGGUACACCACCAGUGCUCGAGAGAUCUGGUUUAGGUGACCCCGAGGUAUUGAAGAAGGUUGGCGUCCCUGUCGUUGUAGAUCUGCCCGCAGUCGGGCGUGACUACCAAGACCACAACUUGUCUCUCUACCCUUAUAGGACAAGUCUUAAACCACGCGAGACGAUUGACGUCGUCCUCAGGAACCCCGGCAAUCGCCAAAACCUCAUCGACGCUAAAGAUGACACCUUGGGCUGGAAUUCCAUCGGCAUCUCGUCCAAGCUUCGACCAACAGAAGAAGAUGUGGCAGCCCUUGGCCCCGAGUUUCAAGCCGCCUGGAACCAGGACUUCAAGAACGCCCCGGACAGGCCUCUGAUGCUCAUGGGUGUCCUUCUUGGGCGACCCAUCGUCUGUCCCGAGGCACAGUACGUCACGAUAGGAAACUAUACGGCGUACCCCUACUCGCGUGGACACAUGUACAUCACCGGGCCAGAGCUCAGCGAUCCCCUAGACUUCGAUGUUGGCUUCUUCUCGGACGCACACGACAUCGACUUGAAGAAGCAGAUUUGGGCGUACAAGAAGCAACGCGAGAUCAUGCGCCGCACGUCUAUGUAUCGGGGCGAGCUUGCACCUGGUCACCCAGCUUUCCCCGCCGGGUCUGAGGUCGGAUGUAUCGAGACAUAUACACCGCUCUCCAACGUGAAGGACCUGAAGUACUCGCCUGAGGAUGAUGCGGCCAUCGAGAAGUGGCUGCGAGAGAAUAUCGGCACCACCUGGCACUCACUAGGUACCGCGAAGAUGGCUCCUCGCGAGGAGUUUGGCGUCGCGGAUGAGUCUCUGAAUGUGUGGGGCACAAAGGGGCUUAAGAUUGCGGACUUGAGUAUCCUGCCUAUGAAUGUAGGUGCCAACACGAAUAACACUGCUAUUGUAGUGGGCGAGAAGGCGGCAGCUAUCCUUAUUCAGGAGCUGGGUCUCCAGAAGUAG